AAAGCAACAAAACACAAGCAGCUGAAGAAAUACUCUUCCAAUCUUCCACAUAUACGAAAUCAAAGAUUCAAACCUCCAUCAAUCUGUUGUUUCCUUUUUCACUCUUCAAAUCACACCCAUCAAACAAACAACGCCCGCCAUGGGUUGCUCCUCCUCCCUUCCAGAUAGGAGUGCGGGUCGGGUAGGUGGGCUUAAUCCGGAAACCGGUGAUUCUGAUGCCAAAAAUCUACGUGUUAAGCUGGUGCUAUUAGGAGACUCUGGCGUUGGAAAAAGCUGCAUUGUUCUUCGCUUCGUCCGUGGUCAGUUUGAUCCAACAUCCAAGGUGACUGUUGGAGCUUCAUUCUUGUCACAGACAAUAGCUUUACAGGACUCAACAACCGUAAAAUUUGAAAUAUGGGAUACUGCUGGCCAGGAGAGAUAUGCAGCACUGGCCCCACUUUAUUACCGAGGUGCAGCUGUUGCGGUUGUUGUAUAUGAUAUAACUAAUCCUCACUCAUUCCACAAAGCUCAGUAUUGGGUCAAGGAACUACAAAAGCAUGGGAGCCCAGAUAUUGUCUUGGCUUUAGUUGGUAACAAGGCUGAUCUUCAAGAUAAACGGGAGGUGUCAGUUCAAGAUGGAACUGAAUAUGCGGAAAAGAACGGGAUGUUCUUCAUUGAAACUUCUGCAAAAACAGCUGACAACAUCAAUCAGCUAUUUGAGGAAAUUGCAAAGAGGUUACCACGACCUUCAUCGUCAUGAUAACUUCAAAACAUCAAGUGAAAGUUGUUAUUGCUGGUUGCGGUGUAACCAGGGAUUGUGUGUGUAUAUUUGUGAGAUAAUGUUUGAUGUUUACGCGUUAUUAACGCUGAUUUCGUGUUGCAUUUGUCAGACAAGAACUGUUUUUAAACCGAGAAGGCACGUCUCGGUGUCUCACCACCUCGGCGAGCUCAGUUAACUUGUAAAACAACAUACGUGUGAAGUGAGCGAAUGUUGUUUUAUCGUUAUUGGAAUUUGAUAUGUUGUUGCAAAUUAA